GCCUCUGCGAGGCCCCGGGGAAAUGGGCAUCCCCGCUCCAGUGACAGAAGGACAAAGACGGAGCCCAGUGGCUGGGUGUUCCGCCCAGGAUCACCAGCGAGCUCAGGGUCCUCCCCCUGACCGCCCCAGGGUGGGCAUUUUUGAAAGCAGAGGAAGGGAGGGAACACACUCUUUGGUGCUGUGGCCACCUUGCCUCGCCCACGGCGGGCGCUCACAGGCUUUGGGGGCCCCGCCCGGGCCGCAGAGGGGAGAGGCCGCCCCAUGCCCCGCCCCGCCAAAUUCAAGAGCCUUCGCCGAACGCCGGGAGGUUCCCAGACCACCGGUCUUGCUCCCGACCUUUUGCAGAAUCUUCUCACUCCUCCCGAGCUCCCUUCCUUGCGCCCGUCCCGGCAAGGGACGCGUCAUGCCCAGCUCCAGGCCGCGAGGCAGCCCGCCGCCCGCUCCCUCGGGCGCUCGGGUCCGGUCGCCUCGCUCGGGCCGCUCUCCGGCGCCUAGGUUCCCCACCGGCCCGAACACGCCCCGCGCUCCCGGACGCUUCGAGUCCCCCUUCUCUGUCGAGGCCAUCCUGGCGAGGCCCGACCCCCGCGCGCCGGCGGCCUCCCAGCCGUCGGGCUCCGCCUGCGCCAACCCGGCCUUCUGGACCGCUCCUUUCCUGUGCGCCGCCCCGGACCUGCCCUGGGCGUGCCCGGCAUCGUGGCUGCCCGCCUACCUGAGCGUGGGUCUCUACCCUGUGCCAGGGCCGCGCGUGGCUCCCGUCUGCGGCCCGCGGGGCUUCAGCGUCACAGGGUUGGAGCUGGCUCAUUGCUCAGGACUCUGGGCCUUCCCAGACUGGGCCCCAACGGAGGACCUAAGGGACACUGAGAGACAGCAAAAGAGAGUCCGAACUAUGUUUAACUUGGAGCAGCUGGAAGAGUUGGAGAAAGUGUUUGCAAAACAGCACAAUCUGGUGGGGAAGAAGAGAGCCCAGCUGGCAGCUCGGCUCAAACUUACAGAGAACCAGGUGAGAGUCUGGUUCCAGAACCGCAGGGUCAAGUAUCAGAAGCAGCAAAAGCUGAGGGCAGCGGUUCCAUCUGCCGAGGCUGCCUCCCUGGAUGAGCCUUCCAGCAGCUCCAACGCCAGUAUCCAGAGUGAUGAUGCCGAGUCAGGAGUAGACGGCUGAGGACUGGGACAGAGGCCCUAGCCAGGCUGCCUGGGCUAGUUCCUCCUGGGGGUACCCACUGGGGCUCCCUGCCUCACACUUCAACAAAAAGCCUCCUCAACCAGAGGAAUCUGAGCUGUCAAGCAGGGACCCCCUUUUCUAUACUGAUUCCUGGAAACUGGAAUAAUGUAAUAAUUGGAGGCACAGAUUCUUGCCUUCAACUAUAUCCUUGGCCAACCUAUGGAACUUCCGAGCCUUUUAUCUUUGUAUGUAUGAUGGGUGCAUUCAUAACUUAGACCACCCAGGGGCGAGAAGAUGUCUGUAAAGCAAUAAUGUGCCAGGCACAGUGUGAAGUGUGUGGUUACUGUCAAGGCUUGUAAGCCCCUGAGUAGAAAAGACCAAAUGGAAAAAAAAAAAAAACGGUUUUUCUUUUGCUUUCACCCCUCAACAAUCAACACAGAACACUUCUGUGACCAAACAUAUAGGGGUGUACCCCACAUUCUAACCUCUAAUUCAGUAAAUUCUGACAUGAUCUACCUGCAGGUAGUCUCUGACCCCACAGAUUGAGGGCUCAUUUCACAAGGCGGCCCCUCCAUUUUUUUUUUUUUUUUGAGACAGAGUGCAGUGGUGUGAUCUUGGCUCACCGCAACUUCUGCCUCCCGGGUUCAAGUGAUUCUCCUGCCUCAGCCUCUAGGCGCACACCACCACGCUUGGCUAAUUUUUAUAUUUUUAGUAGAGACGGGGUUUCACCAUAUGGUCAGGCUGGUCUUGAACUCCUGACCUUGUGAUCCACCCACCUCAGCCUCCCAAAGUGCUGGGAUUACAUGCAUGAGCCACCACCCAGCCCAACCCUGCCCUUUUUGUUUUUUAUGGAGUCUUAAGGUCUAUCAGUCAUCAGUCGACUCAUUAGCAUAUGAAAAACAUCACUUCAGAGAUUCUAGGGAUUUUAGGAGUUCUAUGCCAGGAAAUCGAGAUGAAGACCAAAUAUAUAUUUCAUAAUAUCACAGCUCCUCUCACCUGGGGGAGUGAUACUUGUACCAGCAAUUAAUAUUUUCCUGGCCUGGCUGUGGAGAAGGAACCUCUUUGAAUAAGCAUCUGGCCAUAGAAGACUCUUUCCCCAUCAGAAGGAGUUGAGAGCAAAGAGGAGAAGGUAAAACUUCACAAAGUUUCCCAACGUUUUCUUGUUUUGUCUGAACUGUUACCAUUCUCAGAAGCAGCUCAGGCCCAGCAGCCAAGACAAGGUCUCGCUCUGUCACCCAGGCUGGAGUGCAGUGGUGCAAUUAUAGCUCAUGGCAGCCUCAACCUCCUGGGCUCAAGUGAUCCUCCCACCUUAGCCUCCUGAGCAGCUGGGUCUACAGGCACGUGACACCACGCCUGGCUAAUUUUUAAACAUUUUUGUAGAGACAACGUCCCUUUGUUGCCCAGGCUGGUCUUGAACUCCAGGCUUCAAUUGGUUCUCCUGCCUUGGCCUCGCAAAGCCCCAUCUUUUUAUAGAAGUAUUUGUGUAUGCCAAGGCUGGCAUUUUGUCAUAAACUCUGCUGUGUUUUCACAGGACAGUUAUAAAUUCCCCCUUUCAUGACUCUG